UCAUCUCAAAAUGGAACCUUCCCGAAUAGUAGAAAAACCUGAGUCUGGAGCAUCAGAGAGCCACCAGGAAGCGGGUGUUUCACCAGUGAAUCAGAAGACUGAAGUGCAGAUGGCGUCUAAAGUUGGCCGAGCUAAACAAUCCAUAGAAGGCGGAGAGGCGUCAUCUAAGGCUCAGCCGUUCCACUCUGAUCCAGAUGAGUCUGAAAGAGCGUCGGCACCAGGUGGAGCUAAAUCAUCUCAAAUAAUAGAAAAACCUGAAUCCAAUGUAUCUGGAGCAUCCGAGAGUCAUCGGGAACCGGAUGCUUCAUCAUUGGAUCAGAAGACUAAAGUGCAGAAGGCGUCUAAAGUUGGCAAAGCUGAACGAUCUGUAGAAGGAGGGGAAACGCCAUCUAAGGCUCAGCCGUUCGACACUGAUUCAAAUGAGUCCCUAGGAGCAUCGGCACCAGAUGGAGCUAGCAACAUCAGAAUUGAAGAUGUUUUCGCUGACAUUGCAAGAAAAUUCACGUCGUUCAUUCAUUUCAAAAUGUUUGCUUUAUCUGGAAAUGGUCUCAGGCUCACUGCUGGAGAAGUUUCAACAAUCAUUGCAGACAAUCCUGAUUAUGUUGAAGAUAAAAAGUUUGGAAUGCUUGAUCUUUGGAAAGAAAAACAUGGAUCGAGGGCAUCACCCACUCAUAUAGCAGAGAUUAUCAAGCAAUAUUUCAGGCAAGAGAGAGGUGGUGUCACUGGUUCAAGAAUCGAGGAUGCUUUCCUAGCAGUUCCUAAAGUCUUCGACAACGCUGCACUGUUUCAAAGAUUCGCAUUAUCUGGGAAAGGUUUAUCGCUCAGUAUGCACGAGGUUGGAAACAUAAAAGAAAAUGCAAAAAAUGUGGAAGAGAGGAAUCUGGAUUUGCUCGUUUUGUGGAAAUUGAAAAACGGAGAUUCAGCAACAACUGAAAAAAUAUGGCAACUGGUAAAAGCCUUCAUGGAUGAAAGAGGAGAAUCCCACCCAGAUCAGCCUCCACUGCAUCCUCGUCCAAUAGAACUUCCUGUAGCUGAGGAGAGAGCGGGUGACGCUGAACCACUCAGACCUGAUGCUGAACCAUCUCAGGCUGAAAAAAGACCAGUAAGGCAGGAACCUGCUGAACGAUUCAUAGAAGAAGGGGAAGCGUCAUCUAAGGCUCAGCCGUUCCACUCUGAUGAGUUUGAAAGAGCAUCGGCACUAGGUGGAGCUAGUCAAAGCAGUUCUGAAGUUCAAGCUCCUUCCAAUGUACUUGGAUCUCAAGGAGCAGGGAAGACUGUACCAGAUCAGUCUCCUCUGCAUCCUCGUUUAAUGGAACUUCCUGUAGAUGAGGAGAGAGCGGGUGACGCUGAACCACUCAGACCUGAUGCUGAACCAUCUCAGGCUGAUCCAAGACAAGUAAAUCAGGAACCUGCUGAAAGAUUCGCAGAAGAAGGGGAAGCGUCAUCUAAGGCUCAACGGUUCCACCCUGAUGAGUCUGAAGGAGCAUUGGCACCAGGUGGAGCUAUUCAAAUCAGUUCCGAAGUUUCAGCUGUACUUGGAUCUCAAGGAGCAGGAAAGCCUGUAUCAGUUUCAUUUCCGAAAGGGAAGUUCGAUCGAGCUCACUUUGGGGAUCAACAUAUUGCGACUCAAAAUAUAACGAACUACUAUGGUCCUGUGGUUAAUCAAGAUUCUGCUCAACAAAAUCGAAAAGAUGCACCGGGUGCUAUAAAAGCUGCUGUAGGUUUGGGUGAAGACGAUGAAAAGGUUCAGAUAUUCAAGAAAGAAAUCAACGAUUUAACGAGGAAAAAUGCACAGCCAGCUUCAACUAUCGGAUGUCUUACAACUCCGAAAAUCAAGAUUCAGCCUCGUACAGUGGAUGUAGAUUUCUAUGGAAGCGCUGCCGAGAAUGCUGAAUAUAAGCCAGAGCUUGGUUUCAGCCAGCACACUCAGAAGCAACCUGGCAAAGAAAUAUCCAUGGAAAGCUUUUUUUCGGAUGGCAAAUCGAGAGUUGCUCUAGUCGGGGGAGCCGGAUAUGGCAAAACCGAAAUGUCUAAAAGUUUCUCCGUUGAUGUGCUUGAUCAAAAGAUACCAGAGCUUAGAGGAGUCGAGGUUGUUCGUCACAUGAACUUUCGAGAUCUUCUAUCUAAGAAGGAAGUCAGUCUCGGGGAAUUAUUGUUUGGAGAUACAGAUUUGGAUGAAGAUGUCCGAGAUCAUGGUGUAGGAUGGAUCAUAUUGCAUCCCGAAAAGUUUCUUCUCGUAAUUGAUGGAGCCGAUCAAUACGCUUCCCCUCAAGAUCUUGGCAAAUUACGCGGUAACGCCAAUCACUAUGAUAAAGCAGAUCCCAAGCUCCUUAUUAAUCUUAUCCUCGCUCAAAAGCUUUUACCCGGCAUCAAGCUUCUCUACUCAUCACGUCAACACGUUUUACGUUUCUUCGAAGGAGAAGUUCGCCCUGAGAGAGUCAUCGCCUUAGCAGGUCUCGAUGAAGAAAGUGUGGAAAAGCUCAUUUACGCAUUUAGUGGAGAGCAUGGCGAAUAUGUCAUAAAUCGUCUCAAAAAAGAAGCACGCGGCUUACUUUCUCUUUGCUCGAUUCCGAUGUUUCUCGUUCUUACAGUAACCGUGCUGAUACUGUACAGAAACCUCAACCCCAAGAAAAUGACCGACAUCCUGCUUCUUGUCUUGCUGAAUACCAUGAAAUCAGAGCAUAUGAGAGCAGGUGGAAGAGAGGAUGUAUCCAUUUACGAAGUGUUCAACAGCUUGAAGAAAAUGUCUUUUGACGGAAUGAGGAACAAGAAAGUUACUUUCGCCCAAUCAGAUUUGCCGGAAGGAAUCUCCAUUGAUCACUUGAAAGAUAUCAUGAUCCCAAUACCAAGAUCAAUUGGAAUCAACCAACGACUCUUCGAAAGGAACUUUGUAUUCUUUUUCAUCCACCAGUCCAUUCAGGAAGCACUUGCUGCUCUUUACGUUGCUGAAAUGCCGACUAAGGAAUUCGAAAAGUUUGUUUCAACUGAACUCCAUUUAUCGCAUUGGGUCGUAGUUCGUCGAAUCUUAUGCGGCUCUAUAUUGAAUCCCGAGACAUCCAAGAUUGCAAUGGGAGACGCAGCUGAUGUUGGAAUUCUUAAACAGGGUAUUGAUCUGAAGAAUAAGAGAUCGAUCUUGUUAUCAAGCUUGAUCAGCUGGACCUGGCUGGUUUCAACUGCUGAUAACGUCAUCAAAUCAUCCAUCCGUGAAAUUGUUUUCACCUUCAUACCUCUCACUCCAAGUGAUAAAUUCACUCUGGCAUCUGUUCUCGGUCGUUGUUCACGUCUCGAUAUCCUCUGGCUGUAUGGUGUUCCUCUCACAUCAUCUGAUCUCAAACUCUUUGCUUCAUCAAUGCAAAGUUCGAAUAUCAAGCAAAGUUUGAUAGUAAAAUGGAGACAUGAAAACCCAGUUGGUGGUGUUGACAUGACAGAGGAAGAGACUGCUACUUCAACUUUUUACAACAUGCCCCGAAAUGCUCUUGAAAACAAAUAUCCCGAGCUCAGUGACAGAGCCAUUAAAUUACUGCUGGUUUUUGUACAAUUUACCUUUAUAAAGAAGGCUGGUUUUGGAAUCCCGAUACUUGCUGCCGAACCUGGUGAUGAACGGAUAAGGAUUAUAGUAGAAGCAGUCAAGAAUCUUCCCGCUGUAAAUAGAAGAGCAGAAACUUUGUGCCAAAGAAAAGAACUGAAAAAAGCAUGGCAGGCGGCUUGGUUAUUGAGAGCAACAACAUGUAUUGAUUCAAGACAAAGACUUUGCUAUAAAGCUCAACAUCCAAUCAGAGAUGAUUUAAUUGAAGCUUUCGACAUGAAGGAUGCUGGUAUAGCAGUAGGAGCUGUGUGUGUCUACCCAGCCAGAGUGCAAGAAGCAGUUCAAUGUUUCAAAGCUGCUGGAAUCAAUAAUAUUCCUGUUGCAUCAGUUGCAACUGGCUUUCCUGCAGGACAGACUCCUUUGGAAAUCAAAUUGAUCGAAAUUCAAAGGGCAGUCGAGUCGGGAGCUUCUGAAAUUGAUAUUGUGAUUUCGAGAACCGAAGCUUUACAUGGAGAUUGGAAAAGCAUUUUCGAAGGCAUUCAAGAGUCUUGUUGCAUACUUUUUCUAGUCAUAGUUGUUGGUCUGGAAAAGUCUGAUCCCCGUCAACGUUGCAGAAAUACAUUUGUGUUAGCAACUUAUUUGUCAACUUCAUACUGGCACAAAAAUAAUUGUCAACUUGGAAUUUUUGCUCUUAAAAUCGGAAAAAAGUGCUAUUUCGUACCUGUUGGAUUAGUGAUGGUUAGAGCUAUCAGAGAGUAUUAUCAGAAAACAGGUUAUAAGGUUGGAUUCAAACCAGCAAGAGGAAUCCGUAGUGCGAAGGACGCUCGUACUUGGCUUGCCUUGAUGAAAGAAGAGUUGGGUGAUGAAUGGAUGAGAAAUGACUUGUUUCGGAUUGGAGCUUCCUCCUUGCUCACUGAUAUUGAAAGACAGAUAUAUCACUAUAUCACCGGGAGAUAUGCAUCUGCUCAUUGGCUACCAAUAGCAUGAGUUCUGAAUGUCAAGUUAUAAUCACUCCCAAAAAAUUUCCAAUGUACGGACUAUUUUAGGAAGUACUUUGGUUUUUGAGCAUUAAGUAAGGGCGCUCCCGUAGUAUGUGAACCAAGAUGGUGGACACCGGAACAUAGUAUGUGUACCAGGUUAUGGUUAGGUCAUAAUUUCUUUCCAAUUUUCCUUAUUUUAGUUAUAUUCAGAGUUCAGGGACUAGCCAAGUGACCCCCGUAAUAUUUGUACCUGAAAUUGACUGUUGGAGAAAUUUCAAUUUAAUCAUGUGUUUUAUUGGGGGAUCUUCGAUUGCGUGCAAAUUUUACUCAAUACAGAGUUUAAAGAUGCAAUAAAUAAUAUACACACUUUAUCAUUUUCUUUGUUACUCAUA